AUGGCUUUCAAAGACUUUACCGGAGUUCUCACAUUUUAUCCACAGAGUCUGGUGUGUCUGUCUAUCAGCAGAGAGAUGCCCAAGGCAAAAGGUCCACAAGGGAAAAGGAUAACCUUGAAAGUGGCCAAAAAUUCACUCCGGGUACUUUUUAAUGGAAGGCGCCGUCUUGAGUUAAGCAAAAUGGGCAUUGCCGUCUUCCCCAAGUGCCUUCUGGAGCUGGCUGAUGUGGAGGAAAUUGAUCUGAGCAGAAACAUGUUAAGAAAGAUUCCAAACAUCAUUGAGAAGUUCCAGAAUCUGAUGUGGCUGGACCUGCAUAGUAAUCAGAUUGACGAGCUGCCCGCAGCAAUAGGCACGCUUCGCAACCUUACUUACCUGAAUUUAUGCAACAAUAAGUUGACCACAAAAGGUCUGCCAGAAGAGUUGACCCUUCUCAGGAACCUGCGUACUCUCAACCUUGGCUUAAACUGUCUUGAGACUAUUCCCACCACUCUUGGAUCCCUGAAGGAACUUAUUGAGCUAGGUCUCUUUGACAACUCCUUGACCAUCAUUCCAAAGAGUGUGAAAAAGCUCCCCAAGCUUGAAAGACUGAAUGUAAAAAGAAACCCUUUACCAGAAUUUGCAAAGGAAGAAGAGCCAAUUGACACCAUUAAACGCAUAGAAUCGCUUUACUUAGUAGAAAAGAAAGACCUGUGCAAUUCCUGUCUGCAGACGUGUCAGGGUGAGAGGGACGAGCUGCACAAGUUAGAGGACAUGACACCCGGCCCCUCAGAUAAGCCAAGUUUCCCUUCACUCACUGCACCCAAUUCCACUGCAAUAGAUAACCAAGAAGAAUGGAGAAUGAAAGAUGACAAUCCUUGA